GUGCCCGGCCAUGGCCCGUGACCGCGGGCCGCCCGUCCUGCGGCCGCCCGCCGCUCCUCCGCGCUUCCCCGCGGCCGCGCUGCCCGCCGAGGCCCGGGGCUGGGGCUGGCUGUGGCCGGGGCUGUGGCCAGCGCUGGUGGUGGGGCUGCUGGCCGCCCUCGUCGCCUGGUUCUGGUACGGCGGAGGUGAUGGGCGAGGCGAGGAGGUGGCCGGUGAGGCACCGGCGGCGGCCGCAGAGGAUCUUAAAGAGACCAAGGCUGCUGCCCUGACCAGCACUCGGAAGCCAGGAGAGUGUCUGUUGGCUGGGCCAAGAGAAGAGCUUAACCAUGUUCAGGGUGGUGGAGUUUCCAGUGAACCGCUGGAGAUGGAGCAGCUGCUGCUGAAGCAGGGUGCUACUGGCUCCAGGGAGCAUCCAGCUGAUGUCCAUGGAAGCCAGGCUGGCAAACCAAGACCCCAGAUGGGACAGGAAAGUGAUGGAUGGUGUGUGAUGAACUCGGCAGGAGCCCCUGAUGGUGUUUGUAAGGAUAGAAGUGAGGAACAGCAAGGUCAGGAGAGUAGGGACUUGGAACAUGAAGACUGGGAAGUUGUUUCUGAGCAUCUGGCUUGGGGGGAGGCUGACAAGAAUGGCAGAAUGGAAGACGCAGACAGCAAGGAAUGGGAACAAGGAGACUGCCCUGAUGGGGAUUUGAGAGCCAAGCGAGUUGCAGCCGUGCCCCCCAUGUUUCAAAACAUCCACGUGACUUUCCGUGUGCACUACAUCACCCACUCGGCUGCUCAGCUCAUUGGUGUUACUGGUGACCACGAGUGUCUUGGCCAGUGGCACAGCUAUGUUCCCCUCAAGCAUGACAAGGACGACUUCUGGUCUGAAUCUGUUAGUCUGCCAGUAGACACCAGAGUUGAGUGGAAAUUUAUCUUGGUGGAGAAUGGGAAGGUGAGACGCUGGGAAGAAUGUGGUAACAGAACCCUGGUGACUGAACAUGAGGAUAGAGUUGUUCAUCAGUGGUGGGGACACCAUUAAUGGGAUUUUGGAAGCUGCUUAUCUAAGGUCAGACCUGCUUAGAUUAAUCAUAGAACCCCUAAACUUCACCCUGUCUGCAGUAGGAGACCUUCUCAAGUGCAGAGCUCUGUAAAUCCUGUUUCAAACCUGGUUCAACUGCAUGAGCAGCAGAUCUCUGCCACCCCCUUUAGGAAAUGGUUUGGCAACAUGAAAAAUGAACCUCAAGUAUGUUUUGAAGAUGUGCAAGGUAGGCUACAAAGGCAUGAGCAGUGUUCCAAGCAGCUGCCUGGCUAGGUAAAUCUGGCCCCUGGACUGGAGCUGGUGUUGCUUUGCACAAGGCUAUGGGAUGAAUGCAUCUCUGCACUGACUGCUUACGGCUUUUGAGGCAUACUAGGAAGUGUGGUUGCCUACACUGUAAUAGGAACUUAGGUGUUUUAACUUAUGUAAUGUAUUAAGUAAACAAUAAAUGCUUUAAGACUGAUGGUCUGUUACAACUUGA